CGGGAGUAAGUACCGGAAGUGGGUCUAGUUGUCUCCCCACCACCACCACCACCUCCUAGUCCGUCCUGCUUGAACUCUUUCCUCUCACAUUUUUCUAGUUUAGUGACCGGUUUCCGAGAGAGUCAAGAUGUCUAUUGAGAUCGAGUCGUCCGAUGUUAUACGUCUCAUCAUGCAGUACUUGAAGGAAAAUAGUUUACAUCGAGCCUUAGCCACUUUGCAGGAGGAGACAACUGUGUCACUGAAUACUGUGGACAGCAUAGAGAGUUUUGUAGCAGAUAUUAACAGUGGACAUUGGGAUACCGUUUUGCAAGCUAUACAAUCCCUGAAAUUACCAGACAAAACUCUGAUUGAUCUCUAUGAACAGGUUGUCUUGGAAUUAAUAGAACUUCGGGAAUUGGGUGCUGCCAGAUCUCUUCUAAGACAGACUGACCCUAUGAUCAUGUUAAAACAAACUCAGCCAGAGAGAUAUAUUCAUCUUGAGAAUCUCUUAGCCAGGUCCUAUUUUGAUCCUCGUGAGGCAUAUCCAGAUGGAAGCAGCAAGGAAAAAAGAAGAGCAGCGAUUGCACAGGCUUUAGCUGGAGAAGUCAGUGUUGUACCUCCAUCUCGUCUUAUGGCACUGUUAGGACAGGCUUUGAAGUGGCAACAACAUCAAGGUUUGCUUCCUCCUGGUAUGACUAUUGAUUUGUUCAGAGGCAAAGCAGCUGUAAAAGAUGUGGAAGAAGAGAAGUUUCCUACACAGUUAAGCAGACACAUUAAGUUUGGCCAGAAAUCACAUGUGGAAUGUGCUCGAUUUUCUCCAGAUGGCCAAUAUCUGGUCACUGGCUCUGUUGAUGGAUUCAUUGAAGUAUGGAACUUUACAACUGGAAAGAUUAGGAAGGAUCUCAAGUACCAAGCACAAGACAAUUUUAUGAUGAUGGAUGAUGCUGUACUAUGUAUGUGUUUCAGCAGAGAUACAGAAAUGUUAGCAACUGGGGCCCAAGAUGGAAAAAUAAAGGUGUGGAAGAUACAGAGUGGACAGUGUUUACGAAGAUUUGAAAGGGCACACAGUAAAGGUGUCACCUGCCUCAGCUUCUCUAAGGAUAGCAGUCAAAUCCUUAGUGCCUCCUUUGAUCAAACAAUCAGAAUACACGGCUUAAAAUCUGGGAAAACCUUGAAGGAAUUUCGUGGUCAUUCUUCAUUUGUUAAUGAAGCUACUUUUACUCAGGAUGGACAUUAUAUAAUCAGUGCAUCAUCUGAUGGCACUGUAAAGAUUUGGAAUAUGAAGACCACCGAAUGUUCAAAUACUUUUAAAUCUCUUGGCAGCACUGCAGGUACAGAUAUCACAGUCAACAGUGUUGUCCUUCUUCCUAAAAAUCCUGAGCACUUUGUUGUGUGUAACAGAUCAAAUACAGUGGUCAUCAUGAACAUGCAAGGCCAGAUUGUCAGAAGUUUCAGCUCUGGUAAGAGAGAAGGUGGUGAUUUCGUCUGCUGUGCCCUUUCCCCACGUGGUGAAUGGAUCUACUGUGUGGGUGAAGAUUUUGUGCUAUACUGUUUUAGCACAGUAACUGGCAAACUAGAACGAACUUUGACAGUUCACGAAAAGGAUGUGAUUGGCAUUGCUCACCAUCCCCAUCAGAAUCUUAUUGCUACCUACAGUGAAGAUGGGCUCUUAAAGCUCUGGAAACCUUAAUUUCAUGAUUUCAUUUUUAUUAGCCUGAGAGUAUGCAACUUAAAUGGAAACAUUUAUAUGUUACUUUUUUUUUUGUUUUAAUUUUUUAAGGGGGGAAAUUGCCUAAAUAUGCUAUGAGAGUAAUUUUUGCUAAAUUUCUCAUUUAAGUAGAAGUUACCCUUUUUUGUAUAUUUUUUAAAAUAUUAGUUGAUCUGCUUCUAAAGAAGCAGAUACUUAGUGGAUAAUAUGUUUUCAGUAAUCCUGUACCUAAAGAGUGAAACAAUGUCAUUGCUAUAACAGGUUCCACUCCUUUUGAUUAUUUGUAAUGCUAGUUAAUAUGUGCUUUCCAAAGGGAAAUUUGUAAAUAAUGAGUGAGCUCUGAUUUUCCAUCAUUGUUAAUUAACCAUUUUCAGUUUUUGUUUCUUUGAAAUGCUUUGAUAGAAUAAAAUUUGCCACCUUCAUAAGGACACUUUUGAUGUGAACAUUUCCCAAAAAAUGAUUUUAUUGAUUGCUCUGAUAAGUGCUUCCUUUAGACAUGUUUCUCUGACAUUUACAGUGGCAUCAGGUAAUACUACAGCUUAAAAUUUUAAGACAUUAAAGUUUGCAAAAUGUCAUGUAUGCAUUUUCUCUAUACAUGAGAAAACAGACUUAGACAGCAGAAGGAAUUUGUCCCUGGUCACACAGUGUCAGAAGUAGGAUUCGAAUACAUAGAGAAAGGAGAUUGUAAUAUCAUUGGUAUAGGGAAUUUCCUUCUACCAAUGUAUGUCAUCACCUUUUAUAACUCCCAUGUAUUUGAAGGUCCUUUGACACUCCCUUCUGUCUCUCACUAAUCAUCAUUACUCCUUUUCAUGGCUUACGAUGAAAAUCACAUUUACUAACAAAACCAGCACUGGAGCCAGCACCUCAGAUCUGUGAAGACAGAAAACUAAACCAAGGAGUGUGGAGGGAGUGGACCCAGGAGCCCAGAGAAGAGAUGGUGUCAAGCUCAAAUAGAAAUGGGGGCUGCUAAACCAUACAGGAGAUCCCUGCAAAGCCGCAUAUUGUCUAAGAAAUUUUGUUAAAUAUUUCUCUAUUAUAUUUUAAUCUGGGUUGGACUGCACUUCGGAGUGUUGUGGACAACAUGCAGCCUGAGGGCUAUGUAUUUGACAUUUCUGCUAUGAAACAAUUAUGAAAGAUUCCCCAAUUCUGAACAAGAGAAAGAGGGUCCCAACUCAUCAGUUUUGCUACAGACUUCCUGAUUUUGUUUAUUCAUAGCUAGAAUUAUGUCUUAACUUAAAAGGAACUCUUCUCUGUGCCUGUGCCUCUCUGGAUCCUUCUACUUGUGACCCAUUUCUUUAUGAAGCUCCACUUCCAAAAAAUGAAGCAACUUCCAAUUCCUCCAAUGAAGUUUUUGUAUUAAUCCCUGCUAUUUUUUAAGCUUUGACAGCAAGCUUUAUGUAAUUCCUAAUGAACAUCUUUAUUUUGUAUGAUCACAAGUCUUGAAAUAAAAGUUCUGGGUCACUAGAAAA